AUGGCCGCCAGCUGGGCGUUUGUCUCCGUCGCCUUCCUCCUGCUGGUGCUGGCACUGACUCCGCGUGCGGCCCAGGCGUUGACUUGCUCGGUGUGCAACUCGGUCUUCAACGAGGACUGCAUGACCUCGCCGCAGAAUUACGUCAAGGAGUGCGUGCCGCCCCCGCAGUACAACAACAGCGACCACCCGCCCUUCUGCCGGAAGUCCACGGUCGUGGUGUACAAGUACACGCCCGAAAUUCCACUGCGGGUGUCCCGCUCCUGCGCCUACCUCAAGGACCCGCACGAGGACUGCCGUGGUAUUUUUCCGAUGGGCAUGGUCGCCGAGGUGUGCCAAUGCUUCACGGACGCGUGCAACGCGGCGCCGUCGUCCUUCGGCGCCGGCGACAUCUGGUGGAUGUGGUGGCCAGCCGCGGCCGUCACCUUAGCGCUGUUUCGAUGACGCCGAGUAAAACCGCGCGGCCCUUGCGUCGUUAUCGUUGCGUGGUUUGCUUUGCCUCGCGUAGGUGCCACGAGUCCGUAGACGGCACG